CACAGAUCUGCAGCGGCCAUAAUGAGAGCAGACUGAGGAAGAACCUUCUUUAAGAGCGAUUUACGAAGAUCGCCCUUGUUUUCUUCCUUGUUCAUGUCCUUGCCGAGGGGCAAGACUAAGGCCAGUGUGUUUUAACAUUGGAAUAAAGCGCUGUCGCCCGGUGGAGCCUUGAAACCGGUAUGUUUUGCGUUAACGGGAUCAACACAACAGUCUGGAGAUGACAAUUAUCUGAAGCCUGGAUAAUACAUGAUUUAUCUUCAUACUAGCAGGGUGGGAUGCAGGGAAACCUCAAAUAAUCCAACCCCUUUUGACAGCUCUGUUUAUUUUGGAACAAGGACAUCAGCUGUCUCCAAGUGUCAUUGACCCCUGAAUGAAUGAGAGCAGCACUCUGAAAGCAAAGGAAAUUUGCCCAGCCUGUGCUGCUGACCCACAAGGAAGCUGGCUGGCAGAGGAGCGUGAAGUGCAGAACCAACAAUGAGAAGCAGGAGUAAUUCUGGAGUGAGACUAGAUGGCUAUGCAAGGCUUAUACAGCAAACUAUACUGUGUCACCAGAAUCCAGUCACUGGCCUGCUCCCUGCCAGUAACGACCAGAAGGACGCCUGGGUUAGAGACAAUGUCUACAGCAUCCUGGCUGUCUGGGGUCUGGGAAUGGCAUACCGAAAAAAUGCUGAUCGUGAUGAAGACAAAGCCAAAGCCUAUGAACUAGAACAGAGUGUUGUAAAGUUGAUGCGAGGGAUUUUGCAUUGCAUGCUGAGACAGGUAGAUAAAGUUGAAAAGUUCAAACACACACAGAGUACAAAAGAUUGUCUACAUGCCAAGUACAACACAGCAACGUGCAGUACUAUAGUUGGUGAUGACCAGUGGGGUCAUCUUCAGGUGGAUGCUACCUCCCUCUUCCUGCUGUGCCUCGCUCAGAUGACUGCCGCAGGACUCCGCAUUGUGUUUACACUGGAUGAAGUGGCCUUUAUACAGAAUCUUGUAUUUUAUAUUGAAGCUGCUUAUAAAGUUGCUGACUAUGGAAUGUGGGAAAGAGGAGAUAAAACAAAUCAAGGGAUUCCUGAACUGAAUGCCAGCUCUGUGGGAAUGGCAAAAGCUGCUCUGGAAGCUAUUGAUGAACUUGACCUAUUUGGAGCUCAUGGUGGACCCAAGUCAGUGAUUCAUGUUUUACCUGAUGACGUGGAACAUUGUCAAUCCAUCCUAUACUCAAUGUUACCACGAGCUUCGACAUCCAAAGAGAUUGAUGCUGGUCUUCUUUCGAUCAUUUCAUACCCGGCGUUUGCAGUAGAAGACAUUAACCUUGUUAAUGGGACCAAAAAUGAAAUCAUAACAAAGCUUCAGGGGAGAUACGGCUGCUGUCGAUUUUUACGAGAUGGUUAUAAAACACCAAGAGAGGAUCCAACCAGAUUACACUAUGACUCGACAGAACUUAAAUUGUUUGAGAAUAUAGAAUGUGAGUGGCCAGUGUUCUGGACGUACUUAGUGAUUGAUGGUGUUUUUAUUGGAGAUCAAGUUCAGGUGCAAGAAUACAGGGAGGCUUUGGAGGGAAUAAUUAUUAGAGGAAAGAAAGGAAUACACCUUGUUCCAGAAUUGUAUGCCGUUCCAGCUAACAAGAUAGAUGAGGAAUACCACAAUCCCCAUUCUGUUGACCGGAUUCCUGUUGGGAAGAUUCCACAUAUGUGGGGACAGUCGCUAUACAUACUGGGAUCUCUUUUAGCAGAGGGAUUUCUAGCACCUGGAGAGAUUGAUCCUUUGAACAGAAGAUUUUCUACAUCCUUUAAGCCUGAUGUGGUAGUACAAGUUUGUGUUGUAGCAGAAUCUAAAGAAAUCCAGAAAAUGUUGAAAUCACAUGAUAUUUCUGUUCAGAGCUUCAGAGAUAUCCGUCCAAUACGAGUGCAGCCUGCUAGGAUUUUGAGCCAUCUGUAUGCUAAGCUAGGAUUUAAUAAAGCUAUGAAGCUAAGUGGACGUCCAUACCGCCAUAUUGGUGUUCUUGGGACAUCUAAACUGUACACGAUCAGAAAUCAAAUCUUUACCUUUACCCCCCAGUUUACAGACCAGCACCACUUCUACCUAGCUCUGGACAGCAGGAUGAUUGUUGAAAUGCUCAGGACUGAACUGGCUUAUUUAACGUCUUGCUGGAGGAUGACCGGGAGACCAACGCUUACGUUCCCUAUUACUCACGCAAUGCUCAACGAAGAUGGUUCUGACAUAGACCCGGCUAUUGUUUCUACAAUCAGAAAACUAGAAGAUGGAUAUUUUGGAGGGGCAAGGGUGAAAGUGGGAACGUUGUCAGACUUCCUUACUACAUCAUUCUAUACCCACCUAAGUUUCCUGGACUCUGAUUGUGAUGAAAAACUUUUUGACGAUGUGAAUGAGGGAAGCUACAGUCCUGACAAUGAAUACGAGUAUGAAUUAGGAAUAUUUCCAGAGGAUCAUUGUGAAAAUGAAGAAAGUCAUGAUGAGCUGGAUCAGUAUAUAAAUCACUUGCAGCAAAGUAUGGCAUCGACUUCAUAUUUACCAGAAACCUGUGAUACGUCCACAACAUACCAUGCCGUUAGCGCACUUCAUUCCACGCGCGACAUUCUUUCUAUGAUGGCCAAAUCGAAAGGCUUGGAAGUACCAAAUUCUUCUUUAUUUCUACCUGCUAAAAAUUUAAGUGCCCAUCGGAAGUCUUUAAAUUUGCUGGAAGUUCCAAAGCUUCACCAAAGUCAGAAUCACGAGAUGGAAUUAAACCUACCCAAAGAUGCUCAUGGUAAUCUUGAUUGCCACAAACUUGUUGAGAAGCUUAAGGAAUGUCCCACGCUUCAGGACCAGGCAGAUAUACUGUAUAUUUUGUGUGUCAUACGAGGACUAGACUGGGACACUAAUCUGAAUGGACAGUCUGGGGUAACAGUCCGUAUUCUGCUGAGUGAACUCUACAACAAGGCCGGCGACAAUAGAGAGUGGGGAUUAAUCCGUUACAUCUCUGGUUUACUGAAGAAGCGUGUUGAAGUGCUUGCUGAGGCCUGCACGGACAUCUUGUCACAUCAGAAGCAGCUGACUGUCGGUCUGCCCCCAGAACCUCGAGAAAAAACCAUUACUGAUCCUUUGCCUCCUGAAGAGCUAGCUGCUUUGAUUUAUGAAGCAAGUGGACAAGACAUUAGCAUUGCUGUACUUACACAGGAGAUAAUGCUGUAUCUAGCUAUGUAUGUCAGGUCCCAACCAAGUCUUUUUGGAGAAAUGCUCAGGCUUCGCAUUGGACUUAUCAUGCAGGUGAUGGCCACCGAACUGGCUCGAAGCUUGAACUGCUCAGGUGAAGAAGCAUCUGAAAGUUUAAUGAGCCUUAGUCCAUUUGACAUGAAGAAUCUUCUUCACCAUAUUCUGAGCGGGAAAGAGUUUGGUGUGGAACGAAGCAUGCGUCCUAUUGAAUCCUGUGCCACAAGUCCAGCAAUAUCAAUACAUGAGAUGGGACACACAGGGGUCACAAAGACAGAAAGAACUGGUAUUAACAGGCUGCGGAGUGAAAUGAAGCAGAUGGAUAGGCGAUUUAGCGCUGAUGAUCAGUUCAUGUAUGGCCAUUCUGUAAGCAGCAGCAUCUAUUCAUCCAGGUCCACGAGGUGCAGCAGUCCUUCUUCUCCAACUGGGCCAUUGUCUCCAACGGGUUCCACUGUUCCCCAACUGAUGUGGGAUGAUCACCAGGGUCAGUGGCUAAGAAGAAGGCGGCUUGAUGGGGCUAUCAACCGUGUACCGGUGGGCUUCUACCAGAAGGUGUGGAAUGUUCUUCAAAAGUGCCAUGGUUUAUCAAUUGAUGGAUAUGUUCUUCCUUCCUCCACCACAAGAGAGAUGACUGCUUGCGAAAUAAAGUUUGCAGUCCAUGUGGAGUCGGUUCUUAAUCACGUCCCUCAGCCUGAGUACAGACAGCUGCUAGUGGAAGCUAUCCACGUACUCACACUCGUCUCAGACAUGGAAGUGAAUAGUAUUGGUGGAAUCAUCCAUGUAGACCGGAUCGUGCACUUGGCCAGUGAUUUAUUUCUUCAGGACCAGAAAGCUUUAGGAGCUGCUGAAUUUUACUUGGAGCACGACCAAGCAACUGGAAUCUGCAACUUUUUCUAUGACAGUGCACCUAGCGGGGCUUACGGCACCAUGACCUAUCUGACCAAAGCCGUGGCCACCCAUCUCCACGACUUUCUGCCAAGCACAAGUUGUUUCAUGCAGUAAUAAGCAAUUCAUUCAGUUUAACUCUCUUUAUAUUUCAGUUUAGCAAUAAUCAAUUUGUCUUGUGAGAUAUGUGUGAAAACAUGUUUUGUUGCAUUUUACUUAUGUUAUAUUUAUUGAAUUAUUUUAUUAUUUACCAAAUGACUUUAGAAUGUGCAAAAAUAAUUUUAUUGCAGGGAACAUAAAAAUGAAUAAUGUAAUUUUACUAAAGCUGCGUUUAUUCUUUAGCCACAGCAAAGGUGAAUUUUUUUAAUAUUCAACAAAGAAAAUAAUUCUAAUCCAUACUGUUGUUUUAGAGAAAUAUACUUGUUAGUUUUUGGGUUUAUAUUUGUUGCCUAUGGGUUAUAUAUGUGUGUGUAAAAUCAUGUAUAAAAUAAGGCAAAUGACAAUAAGUUAAAUUUUUUUUAAUUUCAGAAAGGUAAAUAAUAAUAAUAAUUACUCAACUUCCUGCCUUUCAAAGAAUUAAAUAACACCUGCUAAGUCAACAAAUUAGAAUAAUAUAGGAUUUUUUCCACUUUAUACAUUUAUUUCAUUUCCUUUUUCUUUAUUUUGUUCACCUUGACCAAUGACCCCUGAAGAUAAGAAAACAUAAACUUAAGACACAACUUCUUGACUUUAACAACGCAAUAUAUACAGAAACAUAAUACGUGUAUUUCUAAGAACAUUUGUGGUAUGCAAAUCAUAGGUUUAUGCUCAUCGUAAACACCUAUAAUGAUAUGUUUUACUUGGCAGAAAUAGUGUUGCUGGGAAUCUUGCAUAAGGUAAUGACCUGUUUUUACUGCAGAGAAAUAUUGUCAUGUGAUAGGUAACUUAAGUGAGACUAGCAGAAGCUGAUACUAUAUGUAGCUUCUUUUAUAAA